AUGGUCGAUCCUCUUCCUUUUGUCUGUGUCUUCAGUGAUCAUCGCAAGGACGAUACCAAGUUUUGGACUUGGGCCCCCGGCCGGGAAGAACCACAGCCUCAGUUACUCGACUGGAACUUCAAAGUACCCAAAUUGCUUUCAGCAUUGCACGAGACCUUCAAGGUUCCACCCAUAAGUUUCGCCCCCUUUCCCGCAGGAGAUUCAAAUGAUUUCCUUGUCACGUUUAUCGAUAGACGUGAAUAUCUUGUAAAGUUACGGGGUAAUGAUAGCGGCGUCUCCGGCAGCAGUGAAUACGACAUCGGUUGUGAGCAAGCGACCAUCUCAAUUGUACGAAGAUACACAACCAUUCCAGUGCGCUCGCCCGUCGGCUACAAUCCGGAUCUUCAAGGUGUCUUAAGCACGCCUAUUUCAAUCCAGGAGCAUCUUCCGACGGCCAUUCCCUUACAUCAGAUGUGGCCGCGCAUGAGCCCAGCACAGCGUGAAGCGACCAUCGUGUCUAUUGGGAAUAUCUGGGCCCAACUGCUGACUGUGCGGUACAAGACCAUAGGCAGACUCUCGACAAGCCCUAGCGGGGACGUCCGCGUCGGCCCCGUACGUGUCGGAACCAGCAAAGGGGAACGCGGCCCUUUCCGUACAGUUAGAGAGUGGCUAGUCGCUUUGGCGCUGCGAGAGCUUCUCCCGGAAUCGGAGGCUGGAAUGACGCCGGAGCAAGAGCAACAUAUGGGCGUCGUUGCGGAAAGGCUGUCGAAAGGCUCUCCUAUACUGGAUCGUGGCGGGAUUGUGUUAUCCAACCUGAAAUCCUGCGUCAUAAACCACACCAAGCUGGACGCACAUCACCUUCUGGUCGACACCGCCGAUCCCACUGAGAUCCUGGCCGUUGUAGGCUGGCAGCACGCCUAUGUUGUGCCCUUGUUCUCUGUGGUGUUGCCCCCUCUCGAGCUGCCAGGAUGUGACACCCCGACGACGACCAGGUACUCUCAUCUCAUGCUCAGGCAAAUCAUGGAGAAGAUUCCUGCCUGGGCCCUCAUGAACAGCGAGGAAGCCAGGGAGCUCCGUGACUUGUAUCAGCUUGCAAAGCAUAGCCAUGACCGGAGCUCAAAAGGUUAUUGA